AUGUCCUCGGGACCCCAUGGAAGUCCACCUCCCUACGAGGAAGAUGGAUACACCGCCGCUCCGCAGACGGCCUACUCUUACUAUCCAGAUGAUGAAUUCCAGCAUUUCUACCGCUGGACGUCUCCACCAGGCAUCCUCAAAAUCAUGGGCAUCAUAAUCAUCGUGAUGUGCGUCGGCAUAUUUGCUUGUGUAGCCUCCACUCUGGCUUGGGACACCCAGGGGGGCAUGGCUGGUUUUGGGGGUAUGGGGGGAGGCAGUUAUGGUGGUGGCGGGUAUGGUGGCUCCUAUGGAGGCGGCGGUUAUGGCGGCGGCGGUUAUGGUGGCUCCUAUGGAGGCGGCGGCUAUGGAGCUGGAAACAACUAUGGCUAUGGUCAACUGGGAGGGAACUACAAUGACCCCCGAGCAGCCAAAGGGUUUAUCAUUGCCAUGGCAGCCAUCACCUUCAUCACCUGCCUGGCCAUGUUCAUCAUCAUUGUGUCCCAUCAGAGCCUAUCAGAGAGCAGGAAGUUCUACCUAGCAGUGAUGGUCAUCUGUGCCGUCCUAGCACUGCUAAUGCUAAUUGCGGCCAUAGUUUACUUGGUGGCAGUGAACCCCGCCGGGCAGUCCUCUGGGUCGAUCCAGGCUAGCCAGAUCGCUGGCCUGUGUGCUCAGUACCAACGACCACAGGUGUCAGGAGUGUUCGUCAACCAGUACCUUUACCACUACUGUGUGGUGGAGCCACAAGAGGCCAUCGCCGUGGUGUUUGGCUUCCUGGUCGCCGUCGCUCUGAUCAUCAUGCUCGUCUUUGCUCUGAAGACUCGCCAGAAAAUCGGAAACUAUGGCAAGAGCAACAUUCUGUGGAAGAAAGUGAAGAUCAUCGACGAGAUGGCGCCACCUCAGGAUGUGGAGGCAUGGGUGAACAAUGUGUCCGUUCCCCCUGAAGCGCUCCCGAUGGCAGAUUACCCUGAGAAGCUGAGAGGCUCCAGGAGCCACCUGGAUGACGAGAGCACCAACUACGACAAACCUCCCUACAGCUACUCGCCACAGUGAGUACACAGACAGAGAAACGGUGCUCCCUACAGCAGUAGCUCCGAGGUGGCCAGCUCGGCUGGACGGCAAAAGAAGAGGCGUGCAGGUCGCCCUCGCCGCGCCGAUGGACAGGACUACGACACCGACUACAACUCCUCAGGAGAUGAGCUGGACGACAAUGACUUUGACAGUGAAGUGUCUCCGAUAACAAACGAGAAGGAGCGCAACGACUGCAAGCGUGAAUUCGACCGCGAGCACCAGGAGUACAAGGACCUGCAGGCGGAGCUGGACACCAUCAACAAGAAUCUGUCCGAGGUGGACCGAGAGCUGGACGACCUGGAGGAGGGGAGCCCACAGUACCUGGAUGCCUUGGAUGAGUACGACAGGAUAAAGAGCAUCAAAAAGUCUGCAGAUUAUCAGGUGAAGAAGCGCAGGUGUAAAUAUCUGAAGUCCAAACUGAACCACCUCAAGAAGAUGGUCAGUGAUUAUGACCGCAGGGCCUGAACAAAAACCUGUGGGGACGACACUCCCCUCUGAGACGAGACAGAUUGGAGAGUUUUUGGGACAGUAGCAGACUGUAGAGGACGGAGCUGCUGCAUCAAAUGUGGAAGCUUCUUAACUGUGUUUGAGCUGAUUGCUGUUGAAAGGUUGUUUUUUUACUUUGGAAGGACAGAGCUUUAUUCUGUCUGGUAUUAUGCCGCUGUUUGUAUUACGAUCAUCUCGUGACAUAGGUACUCUUUCUGUAUUUAUUUUACUCAUUGUGAUCUAAACAUAGGAGUCUAGCAGAGGAGUGAGACUAUAUGCAGAUCCCUGUUUGAUUUUUAACAAGCUCUUUUAAUCCUUAUUUUUGUCCACUCAUUUUUUUUAUCGCCCACAUAAACAUGUAAAUAUUUGGGAAACACUUGUGUUUUUAAUGUUUUUAGCCGAUAAUGGAAGUAAGUUCACAUGUGCUCAAUGUGUUUCAGACACAUGAUGAUAUUGCAGGUUUGAUGCAUACUGAUGUACUCUGAUGUUUUUUA